GUCUGUCAGCGCGCGGGCUCCAGAGCUGCUCUUCGUGCCGGAGCCCGGGACGGGGCGCCCCGGGGAAGGAGGGCGAAGGGCCGCGGCGAUGGCUCCGCCGGGACUCCUGGAGUCCGCUGUCCUCGCCGCAGCUGUCUUCGUGGGAGGCGCCGUGAGUUCGCCGCUCGUGGCCCCGGACAAUGAUGGCAGCCGCCUGUUACACUCCAGAACUGAGACGACGCCCUCGCCCACGAACAAUGGAAAUGGACACCCAGAAUACAUUGCGUACGCGCUUGUCCCUGUGUUCUUCAUCAUGGGUCUCUUCGGCGUCCUCAUCUGCCACCUGCUUAAGAAGAAAGGCUAUCGUUGUACAACAGAAGCUGAGCAAGACGUGGAAGAAGAAAAGGUUGAAAAGAUAGAGUUGAACGACAGUGUAAAUGAAAAUAGUGACACCGUUGGGCAAAUUGUCCACUACAUCAUGAAAAACGAAGCAAAUGCUGAUGUUUUAAAGGCAAUGGUAGCAGAUAACAACCUGUAUGAUCCUGAAAGCCCGGCGACCCCUAGCACUCCUGGGAGCCCACCUGUGAGCCCCGGGCCCUUGUCGCCAGGUGGCACCCCAGGGAAGCACAUCUGCGGCCACCAUCUGCACACAGUGGGUGGCGCUGUCGAGCGGGACGUGUGUCAUCGAUGUAGGCACAAGCGAUGGCACUUCAUAAAACCCACCAACAAGGCCAAAGAGGGCCGCUCAAGGCGCCAAGGAGAAGUUACUGUCCUCUCUGUGGGCAGGUUUAGAGUUACGAAAGUGGAACACAAGUCAAAUCAGAAGGAGCGGAGAAGUUUAAUGUCAGUUAGUGGGACCGACAGCGUCAAUGGGGAGGUGUCUAUGACACCCCUGAAGAGAGAGCGAAGUGGCACAGAGUAGCAGGAGUGACUUUAUUUGAAGAGUUCUAAGAGACUGAAAACUUAUGACAUAUAAAGUUGCCUAGGGAAUUAUUUUUUUAUCUUUUAUACAAUUUCUAUGGUGGAGUCUGCAGACAUGUGGAUGAAAGCUAAAAGGGAAUACUGUUGCUAUGCUGGAUACAGAAUUCAGUUUGCUUUGAAACAAGUUUUGGUUUAAAAAUGUCUGAUGAAAAAUUUAUUAUAUUUCCAGGGAGGAAAAGAGCUCAUGUUUUUGUCUUCCCAACCACCACCCCUCCCAAUCCCCCAUCUGUGGCCUUGGUGUACACACUGCAAUUUUUCCAGUAUGAUAACUAUGUACAGUGGAACUAUAUGUGUAUAGUCUGAGCUAAUGCUCAGGGUGUGUGUGUCUGUGAACUAUAUGUGUGUAGUCUGAGCUAAUGCUCAGGGUGUGUGUGUCUGUGUGUGCGUGUGUGUGUAUGUACACACAUGUCUGUGUGCCUGUGCUUCUGUUCCCCCAACCCUUAGAUCUCAUUUUGCUACUGGUUGUAAGACGAUCCCCUUACAGUUUAACUGUUACAAAAGAUAAAAGAUGAAUCUUUGGUGGUGAAGCCUCCUUGAAGAUAUAGUCUAACCCUGGGCAGUUGACCCCCCCAAGAGAUCAUGAAGUCAGAGGGAACCAGAUGCUAGACUUUGGAUUCAGAGACGAGAAAUCAGCACUGACCUGCUACCAGCAUGCCACUCCUAGGUCACUUAUAAAAUAUUGAGAGUUUUGGUUGUUUUUUUGUUUGUUUGUUUUAACUCAAGCUAAGCAAAUCUUAUUUAGCCAUUGAAUAAAGGGGGAAAUGGUUUAAAGUCACUAAAAAAAAAGUCUUGUUUUGACAACUCAAGGCUAAAACAAAACAAGACAAUCUCCACUUCUGGUGCAAGAUGGACCCACACCUUCCUCUGGUAUGUUUUCCUUGGUGUUCUUCCUGUUCUCCAUCUUGUAGCUAGUGUCUGUUAUUUAAAGGAUUCUUGAGGGUUACUUUCCCCUGUAGGUGUGGAAUACCCCACUUAAAAAAAAAAAAAAAAAGCUUUACAGUUUACAAAACACCUCAAAGAACCCAGAGGUGAAGGUAGUAGUACAUUUAUGGGAGGUCUGGGCCAAGAGGUUGGGGAGUCCAGGUACAGGGAAAUCUUCAAGACCUGCCUCCAUGUUGGUAGGGUGCCUUGGCACUUCCUUUAUUUCAAAAAGAAAGCACAAUUCUCAUUUGA